AUGAAGUUAUAUCUUACAUUAUUAUUUUUCGUUUCAAUUGCAGUUUCAGCAACUGUCUAUGAAUAUAUUGACAACACUGGUUCCGCUUAUGCUUGGAAACAAGGUUGGAUGAAAUCAUUCAAGAUUCAUGAAUCAUGUAACGCUACCCAAUACAAUCAACUUGCUGCUGGUUUACAAGAUACUAUUGUGGUUGCUCAACACGCUAGAGAUCAUACUCUUAGAUAUGGAAGAAAGUCUCCAUUCUUCAAGAAAUAUUUCGGUAAGAAGACUCCAACUGCUCCAGUCAUUGGUGUUUUUGGUAUUGUUGCUGAUGGUGAUAAGAGUGAUUUAUUAUUCCGUUGUGAUGACCCUGAUGACAAAUGUAGGAAUGAAGGUUGGGGAGGAUACUGGAGAGGCGAAAAUGGUACUAAUGAAAACAAUAUUUGUGACUUAAGUUUCUUGACAAGACAGUCAUUACCACAGAUGUGUAGCCAAGGAUAUACUGUUACUGGAUCAAAAGCUAGUGUCCAAUGGUCGGGUGAUUUGUUACAUAGGUUGUUCCAUACUCAAAGUGCUGGAGAAGACCAGAUUGAUCAUUAUGCUGAUUCAUAUGAAGAUAUAUUGGAACUCGUUGCCCACAAUACAUCGUACACUGUCAAGAACACAGGUUCAUUGAUUCUCUAUGCUAUGGAUGUCUAUGCUUUUGAUUUGACAGUUCCAGGAGUCGGUUGUAAUGGUGAUAAAGACUUCAAGAUUGAAUUGACCGAUGGUGAUGAUGAAGAAGAAGAGGAUAACCAUGACCCUGACCAUGACCAUGACGACGAGCAUGACGACGGCCACGGCCACGACCAUGACCAUGGCGAUGAUCCAACCAAAACUGAAGGAUCCAGUUGUCAUACCCAUGCAGAUGGCGAAGUCCAUUGUGCUUAG